AUGGUGUGGCCGUUCCUGAAACGUUACAGUCGGCGAAGCGUCGUGGGCGCGUGUUGUAAUUCCUCCUCAUUACCUCUGCGUGUAUUGCGCACUUCAUUAUCGCCGAGACGAUGCGUACCGUCGGGAAAAGGUCGACGACAAGGAACGAGUUACUCUGCAAGUAAAAGCCGCGGGCACGCCCCGCCUCCUCACGCCUCCGCCUCCUCACGCCUCCGCCUCCGGAGCAGCGCCGACCAGCCGCGCCACCUCCUCCCUCACACGGCCGACCUUGGCGGCCUUGACCAGCAGCGCGAGCAUGCACCUCUCCGCGACCUCGCCGUCGGCGCCGGUCCUUCGCGCCGUCCACUCGACCCUCUCGCUCGCCGCGCGCGCCCACACCUCGUCCUCGACCUUGGUGUACGCGGUCUCCUGCGCCUUGUCCGCCUCUCCCCUCCUCCUCUUGCGCCCGCCGCCGCCGCCGAGCACCUCGGUCACGUAGAGGUACCAGUCGAACCUGAACAUCCUCCUCGCCUCCUCCGUGCCCUCGUCCUCGGUGGCCCACUCCACCUCGCAGAACAGCGCCUCGAGCAUCUUGGGCACCACCAGCGGCGGCAGGUUCACCACCCGCUCGCACACCACCAGCCCGAUGUUGCGCGCGCCGGGCCCCUCCGCCGCCGCCUUGCCUAG